UCCCUGAACCCUUCUUUGCUUCAAGUUCAAUGCUUAGAACUUUCUUCUGUGGAGCCUGUGAAGUUUGACCGCCCGGGCCCAGCAGGAUCGGCUCCCCCUUGCUUCUGAAGCCUUCAGUGAAGGCGACUGUCAAGCUGCGAUUUUGGAGAAGCUGGUCAGGCAUUGCACCAGAAUUGUGGUACCUGGCAGCAUUUUGAUGAUCAGGAAACACUCUUGCGUCUUCAUAGCAAGCAACUUGAAUUCGUCUUAUAAUUCAAAGACUUCGAUUCUGAACCAGGCUGAUUCUGCUUCGCUUAGCGAGUGGGGAUAUCAAGUGCAGCAGCAAUGUCUACAACUCUGGCCAAAGACUUCUGGGUGAACUUGAAGUAUUGGGUACGGAAGCACCGGCGAGCUGUGGCGCUCUCGGUUGCUGCUGGUGUUGGUGGCUACUGUGCAUACAGAUACUAUCGCUCGCUUGCUCAAGAGCAGAUUGCUAAGGAAGGCAAGCGGAAAGAUGCGGAGGAGCAUGCUGAACUCCAAUUGCAGCAUCACUUCGAGAGCAUCCAGAAGAUUGCCGAUGCAACAACCCUCCCCUCGGUCCUCCCCCACCUCAAAGACCAGCUCUUCACCCUCGUCGAUCUAUCAGUCCUCACAGAGAAGCUCAUGGCUGGCAAGGGGCAAGCGGCAGCGCUCGGGCACAAGGAGAAGAUUGGCAUCUGGGAGGAGCUCAAAGUGCUGAGUUUUACCAGGACAGUGUCCGCUGUCUUCUCGGUGGCACUUCUUGAUGUCUUUCUGCGAACGCAGUUAAACAUCCUCGGUCGCCGCGUGUACCUGGAGACUGCAAGGGAUUCAUCGGAAGAUGUACUGCCAGAGCUGCACAGCCGUUUGACGAAAGCAUGCCAGCAUCGUUUCGUGGGCCUUGUAGACUACCUGCCGUACACGGGUCUUAAGGACUUAGUGAAUGAUGUCCAAACAGCAACCGAGCAAGUCGUGGGAAGGAGAGAGCUGAGGGACAAGGUGCAGCUGGCUGAGCUGGGGGACAUCUUCCAACAGACCCGACAGCAGCUCGAAAGCCAGGAGUUGCAGUGGGGCAAGUACGUACUUCCCGCCGACAACUCGGUAUCCCUUCCUGCAAUGUCGGGUGAUGCGGAAGAGAGAUGGGGAGCAGAGGACGAAGAGAACCUGGCUGCUCUCAUGGACGAGACACGGGGGAUUCUGAACAGCUCGGAGUUCGCCAACGUGCUUUCUGCGGCUCUUGACUGCCUGCUCACAGAUAUGCAGUCUGAUUUGCGGCUUGCUUUUCAAGAUAGUCCUGAGGAUGGCAUCCCACUCGCCAAGCUACUGCCGCAUGUGGCUGGUGUCGGAAAUGCUCUUUUGGAAUCAGCCGAUGACAACAAGUAUGUGAGAAGCAUUGCGGAGCUUUCAGAAGUGCAAGGAUUCUGCGCAGCAGUGUAUGCGGGUGGGAGAGGCGCGGAACAUGAGCAAUGACGUUAAGGGAGUCAUAAAUGACGUGAAAGUAGGAGACCGAGCCAGAGUAUCCAAAUGGGCAGCAACACCCUAUCUUUGAGGACUUGGAGGCUACUGUGCAGACUUCGAGGAGUCGGCAUGGAAUAGCUAGGGGAGCGAAGAUUGAUAACGUUCAAUUGCAAGUCGAUAAUUGUUUUCGAUCCCCGACCAAGCAUUCGGAGUCCCUUUUAAAAGUACAUUAGAAGCGGCUGUUGACACUCAGCUAUGUAAUGUCCGACCUAGUAGACCGAAGGUAACAAGCACAACAGGGAUUGGUCAAGUUCGUCUCGAGUCAAAUGAGAUACUGGCAAGGUCACUCGGUUAGCAACCCUCUCAUUUGGUACAGUUUUGAAUUACUAUUAGCCGUCCCCAAAAUUCUCAUGUCGAAUGAUUGUCCUAUGGUAUAGUACAGUAUAGUGGAAUCCCAAUAGGUAAACAACCUUAAAUGUCCGC